CGUGUAAUGCGAGCAGUUAGCGAACAAAACACUUCUACCGUUUAUUUCAUAGCAAAAUGGAGUUGGGUACAUUGCUUGUCACUUUGGAGAGUUAGUUUGCAGAUGAUUAUUUUUAGAUACAUUGCCAUACCUAUAUUCUAACGAGUACAUACAUAUCGAUGUUCAGAUAUAAUGAGGGAACUUGGUACGUUACUGGAAGGAACGGAGCGUCAUAUCUUAUCAACGUAAUAAUUUUGCGGUCGUACCAAUAGGUACCAAAACUUGUUAUCAACAAUCGGAGGUUAUCUUUGAGAAUUAAAAAAAUAUAUAGUUCCCAAGAAACUGACAGAUGGCGUUGUGCUACUACGUUAGUGAGCCUUUUGCCAAGUUAAAAAACAAAGGGGAAUUAUAAAACGAGCGAUUAAAAAAACGCUUUGCGACUGAUGAUGACAUACUGUAUUAAUAACUUGAGCGGCAUGAAUUUGAGUAAGCGAAAAAUUAACUAAAGUAACAACGAAUAUAUUGAUUAAUAAUAAAAUCCAGAACGAGCUUACAAAAAGUGGAUUGUGAUAAAUCCAUUUCAUAUAUUAAAAAUGUAUCCGAGCGACUACAUUACUAAGUGAGCGACUAGAAAUACAGAGAGGACAACUUCAAUAUUAAGAUAGAAUCGAUUUUUUAAGUGAUUUUAUACUAACGUGGUACUUAAAAGUUCACUUUGAGCAAAGUUUUGUAAGCUACUUUAUUAAUGAUUAUUAGUUCCUGAUAUUCUAUUUUCGAAGAGCUCGUGGCUAAGUCAAAGCCGCGCGGAUCGAUCAAUCAUAAGGUUAAGCAACGCUUGGCGCGGUCGGUCCGUGGAUGGGUGACCAUCUUGUCAUAAUGAGUUCUUCCGUGUUUCGGAUGGCACGAUAAACUGUAGGUCCCGGCUGCCAUUUAAACAUCUUUGGUAGUCGUUAUGGGUAGUCAGAAGCCAGAAAGUCUGACAACCAGUCUUACCAAGGGGUAUCGGGUUGCCCAGGUAACUGGGUUGAGGAGGUCAUAUAGGCAGUCGCUCCUUGUAAAACACUGGUACUCAGCUGCAUCCGGUUAGACUGGAAGCCGACCCCAACAUAGUUGGGAAAAGGCUAGGCAGAUGAGUUCCUGAUAUUCUAUUUUAAGAUGGCAGAAUUUUGAAAACGAAUCGCUGUGAAACCGACUCCACGUAUUCUUGUUUGCCCUACCCCUAGAGUGCAAUUCAAAACCGCGUAGAUGCGGAGGGAUGAGGCGGCCUGCGAGCUGAGGCGCAGGUAGUUUUAAGGCUCGCCGCCGCGGCUAAGGCUACUGAGGAGCCGAAGCUGCGGUGGUGAGCGUGAAAACCAUCUGCGACGAUAAGCUCGCAUGGGACCGCCGGAGCCCCGCAGCGCCGGAGCCGUGACAGAAGCCAUGCUUCCUGCAUGUUGCAUUGUGCUUCCAUGCUGCAUGCCUGCUUGCAUGCUUCGCUUCAAUCCCUUUCCCCCGCUCCGCUAUCCCCCGCUUACCCCUUGAUAUCUUAAUUAUACAUUUCCGAUUACUAUUUAGGAAAUGUGUCUAAUGUAAUUUAUUUCACACAUUUUGUAUUGCCGCUCAGUAUAAAAAAUACAUUUGCCAAAUAUUGAAAAAAAUGCGGGUCGUAUCGUUGACACUCAAACAAAUAUUAAGUCGCUCAAAUAUUACCUAUGAAGCUGCUCAUUUUGUAUUUUAAGUAACUCAAAUUAAUGUUUGUAAGAUACUAUCCUGUUGAUUUUUCGUCACUUGCAGUCGGUCGCUCACUUAGUAAUUUUAUAACCCAAAUUAAUUAAUUUUGACACUUAAAACUGUAAUUUACAGUCACUCGUUUUAAAACUAUCCAAAAACAAAGCCUUGGCACCUAAAAGGUGGGACUUAUAAUCGAAUGAUACCUAACUUAAAAGCGCAGUUGGGGACCAACAGCUAGGUAAACAAGGGUUCAAACAUUACCCUUCUGGCAGUCGGGUAAUUAAGCAUCAGGUCUGUCUUCAGUUUUAGGUUUUUCUUUGGAAUAACGAUAAUUACGAUGACGUAAAUUACCAAGUGUCCCAACGUGAUACAUGUAUGUGUUCGCACAAGUGCAGCUUAUCUGAUGAAGUGCGCGAGUGAGUCACAGCGCCACUCGACCACCACAAUAAGUAGCGAGUCUGGCAUGGUGCGCCACAGUGCGACUUCCACCAUCAACAUGUUCAAACUGCUGGUACUGAGUUGUCUGGUGGCCACCGUCCUGGCUGGACCCUUUCACCUCCCACCCUGGAUACGAGAUGGCUGGAACCGGAGACCUCCACGUGGGUGCGCAGACCGCGCGGCCGGCCGGGCGGCGUGCGCGCAAGUCAACGCCACGGCCGCGCUCGCGCCGCACCCGCACUACUGCCGCCUGUUCUACUACUGCAGCGCCGUGCUGCGCCCCGCCUGCCGCCGCUGCCCCUUAGGCCUGCACUUCAACCCCGAGCUGCAGGUGUGCGACUGGCCCAACAACGUCAACUGCACGGCGACGCCGCCACCACGCCCCCCACGGCCUUGCCACAACGCAACAACACCUGUUCCUUCUACUGAUGCUCCUUCAAGUGUCCCUCCGGCUACCGACGCGCUUUCUACUGGCGCUCCUACCGACGCCCCUUUUACUGGCACUGCUUCUACUGAUGCACCUUCAAGUGUCUCUCCGUCUACUGAUGCUCUUUCAAGUGUCCCUCCGUCUACUGAUGCACCUUCAACUGACCCUCCGUCUACUGAAGCUCCUUCAACUGACCGUCCGUCUACUGAUGCUCCUUCAACUGACAAACCUUCUACUGACGCCCCUUUUACUAACAAACCUUCUACUGUCGCUAUAUAAACUAAUGGUCUUAUCGAUUCUACAUCGCAUUACUCUUAAAUUACAACUGACGUGGUUUCUACAACUGAAUGGGACAUCAUAUCAGCACUGCAGCUUAGUAAAAAUUAUGACGAAAAUAAACCCCUCUAAACAGGACUGGAUUUUAAACUAUUCAAAUAUUUUAUAAACAUUUGCUUUUUGUAGAUUAAAUUGAUAUUGUUUUGGUGUAACACUCUAAAAAUGCUUUUGUAAAGUCUAACUCUAUUUGUAUAAUGUUAUGAAUAAAACAAAUUUGAGAACA